UAAAUACAGCUCACCAUGCCUAGCCAAUCAUUAGAUCUGAUCAGUGCUCUACUAGAUCAUCACUCUGCAGACCAACCGAAGCUUUCUUUUAGAUCGUCAAUCAUCCGAGGCCAAGAAUCUGCCAUGAUGCGUUUUUUCAUUUCCCUUCUCUUGGUGGCUGUUGCCACUGCCGAGCUGGCCCCUCUGUUAGAGAACUCUGAGCCCAUCCCAGGAAAGUACAUCAUCAAGCUGAAUGAAGAAUUUGACGUUGAUGAAAUGGCCGCUACCGUUCGUCUCUCCGGCGGAAAAGUUGGCGCCAUUUUCAGAGACGCCAUAUAUGGAUUCGCUGCCGAGCUCGAAGAUGAUAUCCUCGAUAUUGUCCGUAGCAUUCCCGCCGUUGAGUAUGUUGAACAAGAUGGUGUCUACCGUACUCAAGUCACAUGGGGCCUGGAUCGUGUUGACCAAAGAAAUCUCCCACUUGACAACAAAUAUUCAUCACAUAAUGGUAAAGGGAGUGGGAAAACUGUUUAUGUGAUCGACACAGGCGUAAGGGCGACCCACACUAAUUUCGGUGGUCGUGCGAAGCAAGUGGCAAACUAUGCUGGUGGGAACAACGAAGAUUGCAACGGACAUGGAACCCACUGCGCUGGAACGGUCGGCUCCAAUACCUACGGUGUGGCCACAUCAGUCCAAAUCAGGGGAGUCAAGGUUCUGGGCUGCUAUGGUACUGGCAGCAACAGUGCUAUCAUCUCAGGGGUGAAUUAUGUAACCAAUAUUGCAAAGUCGACUAAUAAUCUUGUGGCCUCGAUGUCUCUUGGAGGAGGCGCUUCAACUUCCCUGGACAACGCCGUCAAGAGCAUGAUCAACGCAGGAGUUCCAACUGCCGUGGCCGCUGGUAAUUCCAACAAGGAUGCUUGCACUACUUCUCCAGCUCGUCUUUCCAACGCAAUCACUGUUGGAGCUACGACCAACAAAGAUAAGCGUUGGUCGUCCUCCAACUACGGAAGCUGCCUAGACAUCUUUGCUCCUGGUGCUUCCAUCACCUCCACUUGGCAUACUGGUAAUAGUGCUACCAACACAAUCAGCGGGACCUCCAUGGCCUGCCCACACGUUGCUGGUGCAAUUGCUUGCUACGGAAGCAGUUCAAAGAUGAUGGCAAACACCUCCAACAACAAGAUUUCUGACACAGGAAGUGGCAGUCCUAACAAGCUCCUCUACGUCUAGGUGGUGACGCUGGCCGGGCCCCCUAGAGCAGAGAUAAGAAAAUGGAAAGAGAAAACACAAAAUUGCGUUUGAUUCAUUUUUCAAAUCAUCAUGUAAUUUUGAUUAUUCUUGAGACAUGUUAAUUGGAUCCUCGAUUACAUGUGACAACUUCACAUUUUUUUUUUCGCCUUGCCGAUGAUAACCUCCAAAAGAAUGUAACAUUCAAUUUAAUCGUAUUGGAUAAAAAUGCAUGUACGUGGUGUAUUAUUGGUUUUUUAAGUCAUUAAACACAUUCUAAAACUGCCGUUAAAAUAUCGAAUUCUUUACAGAAUAAAAUUGCAAUUGAACCCUA